AUGAAAUAUUCACUUCCAAACGCAACAGUCGGAGAGCAGGAUUUGACUGGCAAGUUUGCUAUAGUUACUGGGGCAUCUAGAGGCCUUGGACGUGGGAUAGCUUUCAAUCUUGCCUCUCGUGGAGCAACUGUUCUUGCAACUUGCUCCAGCGAAACCACGCUAAACAGGAUAUCAACCCUGCAAGAUGAAAUCAACCAUCUUUUUAAAGAGAGCAAUAACCCCAAAUACAACCCGCCACGGAUAUUCGGUGUAAUCGCGCCUUUAGAUGAGCCUACACGAUGUUCACACAACAUUGUGGCCGCCGUGAAGGAAAAUUUCAACAAUAAGGUUAAUAUAUUGGUGCAAAAUACGGCUCUGCAAGAGACGAUGCCGAUAGAGGCUAUAACGGAUAACCACGUCCGACGGAUGCUUACAGGAAAUAUUACAACUGCUGUUAUCCUCGUGCAGGCCCUACUUCCACAUUUCGCUCCAGACAGCCGCAUCGUCAACAUUUCUUCGGAGGCGGCGCGGCAGAACCAGCCCGCUGGAGUGGCCCUGGUUUAUGCGGCCACCAAAGCGGCGCUUGAAUCAAUGACACGCGUUUGGGCUGAUGCACUUGGCACCAGAUCCGGAAUGGAAAGGACUACAGUUAACUCGGUCAUCGUGGGAAUUACCAAAACGGGCGAUACACCCAACGGGCUGCCUGAAGGUCUUCCGGAUAUCGAACCGGUACGGAAAGUGAUUGAGGAAAAAAUGGCGGCUUGCAGCGUCUGCGACAGAUUGGGCGAGAUGGAAGAUGUUGUUGACGUUGUUGGGUGGUUAUGUUGUGAAAAAAGCCGGUGGGUGACUGGCAGCGCUGUUUGUGCCAACGGGGGUACUAGCAAAAUUCUGUAG